GCUGGGGUUUAGGGGGCUACUGAGGCUCUGGAGAUGGGAAAGCCAAAAAUCCUUUCCCAUCCUGAACUCCCACCACUACUGCAGCUGGAGGAGCUUUUCCCAGUCUCUCUGCUCCCCUGGGGCAAGAGAAGUCAAGCCAGCAGUUUGGGUGGGAAAAGAGAACUGGAGGAAGUUGACAGGGAUGGGCGGGGCCCGUGGGGGGGCUGACCAGGAACCCAGCUUCCUGCUCAGUACCCAGGCAUCCAGCCCCCGGCUCACCCCCACCCCUUUCGGCCCCUACUCCCCUCAGGAACUCAGGGUUCCGGUCCUCCUCCCAAAUCCCAGCUACCCCCUCCCCCAUCGGUUUCUCCCCUCCAGGGUAUGGAGGCUGAGAGACCCCAGGAAGAAGAGGAUGGUGAGCAGCAUCAGGGCCCCCAUCAGGAUGAGCACGGCUGGCCCCCCGCGAGCUCCAGCACUCGGCCUUGGAGGUCUGCCCCUCCGUCCCCUCCUCCUCCAGGGACUCGCCCUACAGACCGAGCUCCUUCUGGACCUGGUGGCAGAGGCCCAGUCCCGCCGCCUAGAGGAGCAGAGAGCCACCUUCCAUCCCCCCAAGAACCCCCUAAGCCUAGGUCGAGCCCUGCCCCGGCCUCUUGAGGACAGAGAACAGCUCUACAGCACCAUCCUCAGUCACCAGCAGAUAAUGACCAUCACCGACCAGAGCCUGGACGAGGCCCAGGCCAAGAAACACGCCCUAAACUGCCACCGCAUGAAGCCUGCUCUCUUUAGCGUUCUGUGUGAAAUCAAGGAGAAAACUGGCCUCAGCAUUCGAAGCUCCCAAGAGGAGGAGCCUGUGGAUCCACAGCUGAUGCGCUUGGACAACAUGCUUCUGGCAGAGGGUGUGGCUGGGCCUGAGAAAGGGGGUGGCUCAGCGGCUGCAGCGGCAGCAGCUGCAGCCUCCGGGGGCGGAGUGUCCCCUGACAACUCCAUCGAACACUCGGACUAUCGCAGCAAACUUGCCCAGAUCCGCCACAUUUACCACUCGGAGCUGGAGAAAUAUGAACAGGCGUGUAACGAGUUCACAACCCACGUCAUGAACCUGCUGAGGGAGCAGAGCCGCACGCGGCCUGUGGCACCCAAGGAGAUGGAGCGCAUGGUGAGCAUCAUCCACCGGAAGUUCAGCGCCAUCCAGAUGCAACUCAAGCAGAGCACCUGCGAGGCCGUCAUGAUCCUACGUUCCCGCUUCCUGGACGCCAGACGGAAACGCCGUAACUUCAGCAAACAGGCCACGGAGGUUCUGAAUGAGUAUUUCUACUCCCACCUGAGUAACCCAUACCCUAGUGAGGAGGCUAAGGAGGAGCUUGCCAAGAAGUGCGGAAUCACUGUCUCUCAGGUCUCCAACUGGUUUGGCAACAAGCGGAUUCGCUAUAAGAAAAACAUAGGAAAGUUCCAAGAGGAGGCAAACAUCUAUGCCGUCAAGACCGCCGUGUCGGUCACCCAGGGAGGCCACAGCCGCACCAGCUCCCCGACACCCCCUUCCUCCGCAGGCUCUGGCGGCUCUUUCAAUCUCUCAGGAUCCGGUGACAUGUUUCUGGGGAUGCCCGGGCUCAACGGAGAUUCCUACUCUGCCUCCCAGGUGGAAUCACUCCGACACUCAAUGGGGCCAGGGGGCUACGGGGAUAACCUCGGGGGAGGCCAGAUGUACAGCCCUCGGGAAAUGAGGGCAAAUGGCGGCUGGCAGGAGGCUGUGACCCCGUCCUCAGUGACAUCCCCAACAGAGGGACCAGGGAGCGUUCAUUCAGACACUUCCAACUGAUCUUGCCCCUCAGGGCCACAGGGGUGGGGGCUCACAAUGUAACUCUUGAAGAGGACACAGGCAUCCAGAGGAGAAGACCCAAACACGGGAGAAGCACAAGACAAGAGAAGACCAGACAGGGCCGUCCCCUCCCCGGCCAGAUUCUGUCAGUGCUGGGGGUGCCGACGACAUGGCAGGGAAGAUGGGGUCCCCUCAGGGGAGAGUGGGGUCUGUCUACCCCUUUUUUCUUUCUUUUUUUCUCCCCCUUUUUCUCUCACAGAAACACACACACCCUAUUUUUCAGAUCUUUCCUCUCCUUUCUCAUAAACACACCGACAACUGUUCUGUUUCUCUCUGUCUCUCUGUGGGCUCCCCCACUCUCCCUCCCCCACCCCACUUAUCUGCUCUGGGAUCUGUGGAGACGCCAGCCCUGCCCAACCAGAGAUGCCAAAAAUGGGGACAUGACUUCUGGACAGAGGACAUGGGCCACGCCCCCUGUGCCCCCCCACCUCCUGCCCCUCCAGACGGCUUUUAUUACCUCAUACGCAGCUCAUCUUAAACCAAUAGAAUCGCUCGGUGGACGAGAGUGUCUGACUCAGAUAUCUACCUCGGAGGGAGUUUCUGCUACUUUAGGGAAUUGUUGACUGGGCUUUGGGGUUGAAUUUUUUUUCUUUAAGGAAAGAAAAAUUAUCCCGGGGUUCCAUCUGUAGUUUUUUUAAUUCUUAUUUUUGGGAGUUUUUGUUGGUGGUGGUGGUGGUUCUUAAUUUUUAAUUUAGUUUGGGGAAGUAGAUGUUUUUAUAAAUAAUGUUGAUUUUUUUUAAGUUUCUUGCUUUCCCAUAUUAGGGGUAAUAGCCAAAGGGGUCAUGAUAAGAGAAAGGGGAACAAAUAGGCCUGCCUGGCUCCAGUCCUGUCCAUCAAGAAGUAACAUUUAGCAGGGUAUCAAGCCUGCUCCCCCACACACACACACACACAAUCACUUAGGUGUUCUCCUUUGCUUAUAAAGUCACUUCGGUGUCCUUUGCUCAUGUGGGCAGCUUUCUGCUGCACUGAGCAUUGGAGGCAGUCGGUCUUGCUCUGUCGGCCUAUCCCCCCUCUUCCUACAUCCCUUGAGCAGGGCUGGACUCAGUAAUUGUGAGCAAAUGACACAUCUAAAAUCCUUUUUUUAAAAACUAUUAUUUAAAGAUUGGAGGAGGAAGAAUGGGGAGGGGGUUAUUGCCAAAUAUGUUAAAUAUGGGUUGGGGUGUUUGUGUGUGUAUUGCCCUCAGUUUCCCCAGAUAUGAGGUAUCUUUUUUUCUCAGUCCAAAAUCAAGAGGGUUGGGGGAGAGAGGAAGGAGGCUGCAAAGAGCCAGGUUAUGAGGGAAGGUAAAAUCUCCAUCCCCAACCCUCGGCCCUGAACCCUACCAUCUGAACCCCUCAAACAUCCUCAGGCAUUUAUAAGACUGUCACAGUGGGGAACCCCUCCCGUCAAAGAUCCAGGCAGGAUUGGGGGGCAGGUUGGGAGUGUGAUGGGUGGGGGUGGGAGGCAUGGGCUGGGGGCAGUUCUCUCCUCACUUGUAAACUUGUAGUUUCACAGAAAAAAAAAAAAAAACCACAGUUUUAAAUAAAGAAAUUUCUUUUUUUCCUGGG